CUUCUCUUUCAAAAUUCCAGCUUUUCUACUGCUAUUAAAAUCCUCGAAUUUCAAGAAGAAAAAAGUGUUUAUUUUAGUAAAAGAAUUUGCCUAAAUUUCCAGCUUCAUACUUUCUCCGCAUAGUUGGACAUGGCUUCUUUCUUCAUUCCCAUCACAACCAGCUAAAAAUUGAAAGGUGCAAUUUUGGGCUUGCUAUGGAGGAAAAACAAGAUGAUAUUGCUGCAAAUGAGGCUAUAGAAUUUAGUAUGAGAGAUUCCAAUAUUCCUACCAAUCCUAGUAAUAGUAAUAGUAAUUGCCCUAGAAGUUCAACUCUCACCCAAUUUGAUAGUUUAAACAGAGGUGAAACAUUUUCAACUGAUGUCACACCUAUUUUGAGAAGAAGUCCCUGUCUCAGAAAUGAUGCUGGUGGUUGCUCAAGUUCUAACGAAAUAAUAAACCAUGAUCACAAACAAGGGUCUCAAUCAAUUGGAUGGACAGGGCAAAAUAGUAGGAUAAUAGACGAAGAAUUUGAAUACCGUAGUAAAGAUUCAUCAAAAUCAUGCUCAAGGAAAGAGCUAAAGAGGGCAUUUAUGAGCUUACAAGAUGUAGAGUUUUCACCGAAUAAGCAAAUGAAUAUGGACUCUAGUAUAUCUUCUGAUGUGAUAGACGGCCCAAACAUUAAUAAUAUGUCUUCUCCUAGCUUUACUAACUUGAGAGAAUGGUUAGAAUCUAAGGCUGGUGUUGAUGUAAGCAAGAAUGACAAAAUGCUCGUGUUCAAGCGGAUAGUGCAAGUAGUGAAUGUGUUGCACGUUCAGGGCAUCGCCCUGCUAGAACUCCGACCAUCUUCGUUUAUCUUAUUAGACACCGGGGAUGUUGAAUACAUCGGUUCCACGACAGAGACUGAGCUAUGGGGUGUGCAAGAUUCUUCUAUGGGGAAGAGGUGGUCGAAUUAUCGGAAUGUUCAGCUUGAAGAGAAAUGGUAUGCUUUUCCUGAAGGUUUCAAAACAAGAGACUUACUUUCACUAAAUGUUUACUCUCUGGGACUUCUAUUAUUUGAGUUUUUGUGCUACUUUGAAUCGAUUGAAGCGCACACUGUAGCUAUGACAGAUUUGCAUCAUCGUAUCUUGCCUCCGAGUUUUCUUUCCAGAAAUCACAAGGAAGCUGGAUUUUGUCUUUGGCUGCUUCACCCUGAACCUUCUUCUCGCCCUACAACUAGGGAAAUCCUGCAAUCUGAUUUACUGUCUGGACUUGAAACUGCAAGAAGUCCCGACAAUGAGGAAGCAUCAUGUGUGGAAAUGGUUGAUGAUGUUGAAUUCGAUAUCUUGAUUCAUUUUCUUGUCAAGCUAAAGGAAGAAAAACUGAACAAGGCCUCCAGUUUGUUGAAAACUUUGAAUUUCUUAGAUUCUGAUAUCAAGAUGGUCGAGAGAUGGCGAAGUUAUUCAGCUGCGAAGGAUCAGUUCGAGAGCCCAUCUAGCUCAGUUUACAGUAUGAAUAUGCUAAAAAACAAGUUGUUGGGAAACAUGAAGGAGCUAGAAAAUACUUACUUUUCCGUGAGAUCUAGCCAGCUAGACAACGAAAUGCCACAUAUGACACGAUCAAACAGCGAUGUCCUGAGAAGACGCGACCACUUGUCUCAAGGUGGAACUCGACAUGAAGAGAAACACGUAGAGCGUAUUGGAACCUUCUUCGAUGGUGUCUGCAAGUUUGCUCGGUAUGACAAAUUCGAAGUUUGUGGGAUUCUGAGAAACGAUGAUAUUCUUAGCUCAACAAAUAAGGUGAUUUGCUCUUUGUGUUUCGACCCUGAAGAAGAGUACCUUGCUGUUGCUGGGGUUUCGAAGAAGAUCAAAAUAUUCGAGUUUCAUUCACUAUUGAAUGAUUAUGUUGAUGUUCAGUAUCCACUACUUGAGAUGUCGAAUAAAUCGAAGUUCACUUGCAUUUGCUGGAAUAACCACAUCAGAAAUCAUUUGGCUUCAACUGACUAUGAUGGUGAGGUGCAGAUAUGGGAUGCGAGCACGGGACAAAGAUUCAGGCAGUACAAGGAGCAUAACAAGAGAGCUUGGACCAUUGAUUUCUCUCAUGUGGAUGCAAAAAUAUUUGCUAGUGGCAGUGAUGAUUGUUCUCUUAAAAUAUGGAGCAUCAACCAGAGAAACUCCACGGAAACUAUCUGGAAUCCUGCAAACGUUUGCUGUGUUCAAUUUUCUCCGUGUUCGUCCCAUCUUGUAGCUUCUGGAUCCGCAGAUUAUAGAAUCUAUUGUUACGAUCUUCGACAUACAAGAAUCCCAUGGUGCACAUUAGCUGGUCACGACAAUGCAGUUAGCUAUGUAAGGUUUCUAGAUGCGGAGACGAUAGUGUCGGCUUCCAUAGACAACACAUUGAAGCUAUGGGAUCUCAAGGCAACAACCUUAGAUGGUGUGUCUCCCCCUCAUGCUUCCACUUUGACAUUUAGAGGCCAUACUAAUGAUAAGAACUUUGUUGGGCUUGCAGUGUUGGAUGGAUACAUAGCAUGUGGUUCUGAAACAAAUGAGGUAUAUGCUUAUACCAAAUCUCUACCCAUGCCCAUGUGUUGCCACAAAUUUGGAAGCAUUGACCCAACAUUAGAAGAAGAGAGUAUUGGUCAUUUUGUAACAAGUGUGUGUUGGAGGAAAAAAUUUGAAAUGAUUGCUGCUGCUAACUCGAGCGGAAUAGUAAAGAUACUACGACUCGCAAAUUCGGAAUGAUAGAUAUGCUAGUAUGCUACUACAUCUACAUCUUUAAAAAUGAGCGUUGCUCAUGUCUAGCUUAUUACUGUUACUGAUAUUAUUUUCGCUUUGGGGUCUCCACAAUGAAACCCGUUGGUGGAAUA